GAAAGCAGCCGCUGAUGAAACUCUCCAGAGUGCGAGCAGCGGCAGCUCCUCCUGUUCCUCCUCCUGCUGGUUUUUAACCACCCAUCCGAGCUUCCUCCUCUCCAUGCCGGCGGAGGUCUCCGCGGGGCGGCCAUGGCGAAGAUCCGGGUGUCGUACGAGUACUCCGAGGCUGAGGACAAGAGCAUCCGGCUGGGUUUGUUCCUGAUCGCCUGCGGGAUCCUCAGCCUCUUCAUCCUGGGCUUCUGCUGGCUCAGCCCGACGCUGCAGAGCCUGCAGAGCAAACCGGCCAACUGCACGGUGGUGUCUGUGUUGCGUCCUGAGGAGAUGUUUGAGUGUGUUUUUACAUGCGGCACCGACUGUAAGGGGACCUCGCUCUAUCCCUGCCUGCAGAUCUUUGUCAACAACUCCGAGUCCAACUCAGUGGCGCUGCUCCACUUCGACGAACAGCAGCUGGUCCUCAACCCAAAGUGCUCCUAUGUGCCCCCCUGUGAGAGGGACAACCAGAAGAACAAAGACAACGUUCUGCUGUGGGAGGAUUACUUCACCAAAGAGGUCAGCAGCCAGUCCUUCACCUGCUUCUUCAACCAGCAGAGGAGGCCCGACGACGUGUUGUGGCAGCAUUCCAAUGACACCAGCGUCCUCCUGCACUGCGUCCUCUGGCCAAUGGUGUCCCUCCUUCUGGGCACACUUAUUGUGCUCCUGACGGUGUGCGCGCGCUCCCUGGCCGUGAGAGCAGAGGCGCUCCAGAAGAGGAAGUGUUCCUACGAGGUUUGCCAGGACUUGUCUAUCACCAGUUCAGACCGCCGCAGGAACAAGCCCGGGGACCUCCUAUCAACGAACUCUGACCCCGAGCUGUCAUCGCCAUCAAGGACCCUUCCUCUGUUUGCAGUGCCAGUGAGGCGAAGGGAUCGGGAACAUUAAGGCACAGAGGAAAUUUGAUUUCUUAACCACAGGCUUUGAAACGCCGAUGGGAGACGGAGAAAAGCAACGUCGCCAUGAAGGGUUGGUUUGAUCUCCAACAGGAUGAAGAUGAGGGUAAAUCCACUCUGAUGCCUGCAGAGUUCACCAGAAACACAGUAGAGCAACUUCAGCAGCUUCACAUUUACCUUCAGCCUGAUGAGCAGGAUCCUGAGCUGGUAGAAACCGUCGGCUGAUUAACCAUAUUCCUGGAAGCUGAAUCCACUUUGACUGAGUUCACAUUACAUCUAAAAUUAUAACCUCAUCCCAUCUAUCAGAACUUUUAUUUCUCUCAUUUGAUUUAUUUAGAAAACAUUUAUUUUGUUUGAUAAAA